AUGAAAAUUCUUCUGUAUAUCAAUCUCCUUUUUAUAUCUAUGUUGUCUUAUGCAAUCGAAAAUGAAUUUAAGAACGAAAUUUCUGUUAUUCAUAAAAGUGUGAUAAAAAAAGUACCCCUAAAGACAUGGGUCGAUUUGGUAAAUGACUCCAUCAGUUUGAUAAAGCAAGAGAACAAUUUAAUGAAUAAAAGUUUACACGAGAAUGAUUUGAUUAUAUGGAACAAUGGAAAACUCAUGAAUGAAAUGUAUUUCAAUUCUGAAAAUUUUCGAACAGGAAACAAAAAUGUGUAUAGUAUGGAGACAGACUGCUUCACAAUGAAGAAUUUUUACAAUACCAUUUCCAAUCAAACAAGAAAGUACACAAGUGAAUGGAAAUCCAUGAAGGAGAUACUACAACUUUUAAUGAAAUCAAAAGAAUUGCGAGAUCUCUUCAUUGGAUUAAAAACUGAAGAACAUAUUGAAGCUGUGAGGCAAAAAAUCCUGGAUCUUACACAAAAAAACAAAAAUUAUCAAAUAUUUUUUGAUAUUCUCAAAGAGCAUAAAAUAGUUUAUAAUAUCCUUGAAAACAAGGAAAAGUGGCUUGUUUUCGUAAAACAAAACUUACAAAAUUUUAACAAGUUGCUGCAGUUAUACUAUCCCAAUGUUAAAAUAGAUGACCUGUAA